AUGGCCGAUACGAGUGUCACGGAGCGGCGGCUCCGGUCUAUUGAGGACUUUCUUUCCGCCGGUAAGCUGCCACAAGCUCUCAAAGAGUGUCAGAAAUGGGAGAAGAAAGGCGAGAAGUCGGAUAGAUUUCUGGCUCUCAAAGGCGCCGUACUGCUUCAGCACCAGGAUCCCAAUCACUAUCUGAAAGGCGGAGAAGAAUUACGGCAAUUGUGCUACCGUGUCCCGCCAGUCACCAACCUCGAUGCAAUCACGACAAUAAAGAAGGCCCUGAAGGCUAAAGGGCUCGAAGAGUAUGGCAGCAGGGACCUAUACAAAAGGGCGGCAAAUGCCUCGAAGACGGCCGACACGACGCUACUCAUGGCAUGGCUACAUGACUGCACAUCUGAAGGAAGAUAUCAAGAUGCCAACACGGCUGUCGCGGCUCUACGCAAAGCUUUUCCUAGCGAGCGAAAGUACUACUUCUGGACUAUCCUCAUGAACUUCUUGACACAGAAGGACACUAAAACGGCAGAGAAGGACCGAGAAACAUAUGGCAAGCUUGCCUAUGCGUUAGUGAGCAAAUCAGCUCAGUCCAUGACAGCUGAACAGGUACGAACCCAGACUCGAAAAGAAACCGCACUCACAGACGCAUUUCAGGCACAAGCGAAUACGCAAGCCAUCACUACACCAGAAGAGUUGUCGUUGCUGGUCGAAAUCUAUAUAGCGAAUGGACAUGCGUUCGAAGCCGCGAAGCUCUUGUGGUUCAUUUGGGGCGCGAAAACACACAUUGUCCGCGAUAAGGACCCAGAUCUGGUCACGGCUCUUCUUUUCGACGCCUAUCAUGCCUCUGAGGAAUGGUCAGAAGCGGUCGGUGUAUGCCAGAACCUGCUGGAUCUCAAACAAAAAGCCUGCAAAGAUCCCGACGACCGGAUCUGGAAUCUCCUCGUGGAAGCUGCGGAGAAAGGCGCUUCACCAACGCAACAGAAUGCGAUACAAACGCUACAAUCUCACACGUUGAGGAGCGGGCCUAAUCGGUCAGCUCUCGUUGCGGCAAUGCGGGCAUCGCAGAUGCAGACCCAGAAGCUGUGCGAGACCUACUACAACGCGCACAAGACCAGGCCUUUCGCUUUUCAGGACCUUUAUCCAGCCUUGAGUGCACUACCACCUGCCCAGCGCGAGAGCUUCCUACGAUACGUCGAGGACGAUGUUCGAGCUGGAGGGGGGUUGACCGAGCGGACACUCGUGCUCAAAGUCAAGAGGCUGACACGGAGUCCUUCACCAGCUCACCACCUUGAGCACGCAGCGCAAGCGUUGAAGCUCUAUGGUGAUGCCAUCAGAGGAGAUCCCGAAGAAGCCACAGCUAAAGAGCUCCCGGAGCUCGCGCUUCUCGCGGCCAUCUCACUCGUCAAUUGUGCUCACGCGUGCUGUUCACCAAACAUCCUAUAUCGCGCUCUCGCGCUGGCUCAUCUGACGUACAAGAAGUACAAAGAAUACUUCCCAAACACCUUACUGCUCAUAGAGCUGUGCCGCCAUUUCGGAUUCUUCAGCCUCGCGAUGUCCACAUACGCUGGGCUGUCUGUUAAAAACCUACAGCUCGAGACUGUAUCACAUCAUCUUUUCACGCGCAUCUCUACACUACACCCCCAUAAGCCAACCGGACUCUCUACAAGUGCCGACGGUCCAGAGGGCGAGACGUUGCUGGCUCCUUUCGACGCGGUCAAGUCCGCAUGGAGAUUGAACGUCAGAGUUGAGGAAGGGUUGGCCGACAGCAUCAAGAAGGGGUUGCGCGAAGGCGCCUACACUAAUAUUGUAAAUGCCGCUGCCACCCGAGCAUCGGUAAAUACGUCGAUUGGAACUGCAAUCUACCUCAUCGAAGAGCGGAGGCUUGUUCGUAUGACAGACUGCGGCAAUCCUGAGGUUGUACACCUCAGUCAAUUCCGUUCCCUCGAGGACUUGCGCGAUCUAAGAGACUUCUCUAUUGUGCCAGCGAAUUCUGCCGAAGACCGAGCUUCAUGGGACAAGCUCAGCUGUGGACCGGUCCCUGGAAAACAGUGGCUGGCUGUAAUGUACUUCUGUGAGAACCUUCGGUCUUAUCUACGGCAGGGUUCGGGUACAGCUGGCACUGGAUCUGCGAUGCUCGAAAAAGCUCAUGGUUGGGCUGUCAAAACAUCCGAGAAACCGUCGCACGAAUCCGAGUUGACAACGCAGGAGCAGAAGAUGGAGAGGCUAACGCACUCCAUAUACAACAUUAUCACUGGCGAAUACACUCCCACUAAAGCAAAAGAGCUUGCAAGAUUCUUCGAGGCUGGCUGGCUACACUUGUACCAACACUCACCCUGGUCAUGGUUCAGCUUCCGGGCGCCAUGGUCGGUUCUGCACGGCUGUUACACAGCCUACGAAGCGGCCAGCCUGGUCCUGACGUUUGCCAAUUGGGUCGAUCGAUCAAGAGCUGGUCUAGCGAAGGGCUAUGAGAUUCAACGUAAGCUGAAGUCGAAGGGCGCUGCGGAAGCGAAGCAAAUGGCCGAGGACUUGAAAUCAUUCGCAGCAAAAUUGCCCGAUGAGCCCAUGAUGGUCAAACUUCGCCAGGCAGCGCACGAGCUCGCAGACACUGUCAAGCUGCAGACUCGCGAAGAAGAGCACCGACGGUCGCAGUGGAGUUUGCUCGACUGGUUCAUCGACAUCGUCAGAGGCACCCAGCCGUCUCGUACAGCAGAAUCGAUCGCCUCGCUGCCGCCACGCGACGAGGAGUUCGAAACGGCAUUUGAGUCUUUCCUUGACUUGAUGGGCGGCGACACGGCCCUAGAACUUGCGGUCGGUGAGUGGCUGGAGAGUAUAGAUGACUCCCUGGCUGGAGUGAUGGCGGUAGAUGUUGAGCGGGGAACGGGUUUGGCAUAG